GUGAGGAGACAGGCUACAGGACGCUGCUAACACGCCGCGUACCGUCGCUGCGGACAUCCGGGUUCUAGCGGGGACUGAAUUACGAGGGGAAUUGGCCAGGUGUGGGCGGUUGGGGACAACCCCCAUGCUACGAGGCGAGCUAGACCCAAAGGGAACCGAACCACUUCAACAUCCUCCUGCGGUCUGACGCAAGAUCUUCUCAUGGUUGGUCGUCAUGGCGAUCGCUGGAGCCCUCUUCCUCUUUGGCGCUCGUCUUGUCUCAAGGUUCAAUCUAGUCAAAAAGGGAAGUGGCCGAGCUCACAGGGAAGUACACGAUGACAUCAAGUACAUCAAAUACUCCAACCGUGGCUGCUGAGGAGCCGUCCACCAAGAGGCUAACUGAGGUGGAGAUGUUGGUUGGAGAGCUAUAUCGGUGUCGGCUGAUAUCGGUGUCGGCUGAUAUCGGUGUCGGCUGAUAUCGGUGUCGGCUGAUAUCGGUGUCGGCUGAUAUCGGUGUCGGCUGAUAUGGUGUCGGCUGAUAUCGGUGUCGGCUGAUAUGGUGUCGGCUGAUAUCGGCUGAUAUUGGUGUCGGCCGAUAUCAGUGUCAGCUGAUAUCGGUGUUGGCUGAUAUCGUAUCGGCUGAUAUAUCAGCGGAUAUCGGUGUCGGCUGAUAUGUCAGCUGUUAUCGUAUCGGCUGAUAUCGGUAUCGGCUGAUAUCGGUAUUGGCUGAUAGCCGAGAAUGAAGAGAGUGCAUAGAAUGAGAAGAUGUUUAGUCCUGUACUGGUCAAGGUGUUUCCAUGUCAGGUGAGACGAGGGAAGAACAUUGGUAGAGGUCAAGGUCGAGGUGUCGUACCUUUGCUGCUGCUCAGGUGGACCAGCAAAGUGGUCCAGAUGAGACCAAACAUCCUGACUCGGGGCUCCUCCCAGCUGACGCCUUCCCGGGACAGUGGGCAAACACGGGGGAAGUUCUAAGGAAAGGUCACACUUUCACACGGGAUUCCAUUCCCUUUGCUUCCGCUUAUCCGAGUCUGCAUCGCCGUCCGGAAGUCCAGACCUCCCGUUCGCCGGCCCCCUCCUCCAGAGCUGACAAGAUGAACCUUCACGCAGUCCUGAGCUGGAUGUCAGUGAUGGUGUUGGCAGGUUCUCACAGCGCUCCCAAUCCCUUCGAGCUGACCAGCGACCGUCCAAGCGCCAAAGCGGGAUCCUGCAUCCAACUGACGGUCCAGGGGAGUGCUUCCGGGACGGGUGAUGCCUACUGGUUUUGGAUCAAAGACGCAAUCUGGGAUCGGAAGAAGCAGGACUUCAACGGCACCGUCGUUCUCAGCUCCGACCCACAACGCCGGCCCGUCCAUCCGGACUUUGCGGGCAGAGUCCAGGAUGGAACGCCAAGUCGCUGGAGGAAGAACAUCCUCAUCUGCAACCUGACCACAACGGACAGCGGAAGCUACAGGUUCAGAUACGUGGACGGUCUCAAGUGGGUGACCCCGCCUACUCAUGUUCACGUGGAAGACGCCCCCAGCGUUGAGAUCAGGAGUGGAUGGUCCACGUUCAGGCAGGGGGAGGAGAUGGUGCUGACGUGUAACGUGACCAGGAGCAAUCCGGCGGUCAGGGUCUACAGUUGGUCCAAAGACGGGAACCCGGUGGGGCAUCAGCGGGACCACGUGGUCGGGUCGGUGCAGCCCGAGCAUGCGGGCUCCUACACGUGCGAGGCCUCCAACGAGGUGGGCGGCGGAACGUCGGCGCCGAUUCUCAUCCAGGUUGAAUACCGGCCGAGGAACACCAAAGUUCUGGUCCGCGGUUCUGGCUCCACCCACAUCAAAGUCAACACGCCGCUGGUGUUGCAAUGCCAAACUGACGCCAACCCGCCGGCAAUCAAGUACUCCUGGUCGCUGCACGGCCGCCACAUACGCACGUCUGGGUCGUCUUGGCCGUCCGAGGUCACGGCGGACAUCUUGCAGGUGAGCGGCGUGCAGAGACGCCACGAGGCCUGCUACCUUUGCGACGCCGCCAACCGCGUCGCCGCCGGAGACAGCAGCCCGCCUCUCUGCCUGCGGGUCCUUUAUCCUCCCGGCGAGCCGCUGCUGUCCAUGGCCGCCGAAGCCCUGGAGGGCGAGCAGCUUUCCAUCGUCUGCUCGGCGGAAAGCUUCCCGCCGUCCAACUUCACGCUGACCAGGACGUCCGGCCAGCGGUCGUCCGUGCGGCCCGUGGCCGAUUCCCGUGGCAGGAAUCUGUCCAUCACGUUGAACGUGACGUCGGCCGACGACGGCGUCUACGCCUGCGAGGCCGCCAACAGCGAAGGGAAGGGGAGCACGCGGAGGCUUUUGCGCGUCCUGUAUUCUCCCAAACACGUCACGGUGACGGCUCAACCGGGUCUGGAGGUCGGGGAAAACGCCAGCUUGACGCUGCGGUGCGGCGCCAUGUCCCACCCGCCCGUGACCUCGGUGACCUGGUGGCGGCUGACGGACGGGGGGGCCCGAGCCCUGGCGACGCGCCACGCCUUGACCGUACAGGCCGUCUCGCCCUCUGACGCCGGCCUGUACGGCUGCACCGCCGCCAACGACAUCGGCACGGGAAGGUCGACUCCGGUCAAGGUCAAGUAUCCUCCAAAGCUGACAGAGAUCAGCAAAGGGGCGGAGCUUCGGCGUUCGGACGGGCUGAUCUCGGUGACGCUGAGCUGCGGCGCUCAGGCUUUCCCGCCCAUCAAACACCAUCUGUGGUACAAGAUGGCGGCGGACGGCCGAGGGCGGGACGAAAAGGUGUCCGACUCUCACAACCACACGGUCACGUCGGACCGGCCGGGCGUCUACUACUGCGUGGUCAAAAACGACGCCGGCGACGGGAGGUCGGAACCCGUGAGCCUGUUCCUCCACGGAGGAUUCAUGAAGGCCCUGAAGUUCCUCCUUCCUCUUCUCUCCGUCCUCCUCGUCCUCGUGCUUCUCAUCUUCUACGUCUACAGACAAAGGAGGACCAAGAAGAAACUCCUCCAGGACUCGGCCAGCAGGAGGACCGUGACGACGGACAGCCAAAACUUGGCAGGGCGGCGUGCCGAGGCCCGCGCCGCUAACUCAGACCACGGGGCGGCGACCGGCAUCCACACCAUCUACUCCCUGCUCAGCCCGCCCCUUGCUGGACAGGACCGCCCCUCCGCAGCCGACGACCUCCGGGAGGGACGCCACCCGCACCAUUCGGUCCCCUACGCGUCCCUGCGCUUCAGACACGAACCAGAAAAAGAGGCGGAGCUCACGUACGCCGUGGUAUCCCGAGCCAAGCGAGCCAAGAAGGUGUUUCUUCACGCCCGCCUCAGAAUUCAUCUCCUCAGUCGGCGCUCCUUUCACCCACAGAACAUGAAAGCACCACCAAAAUCCCAUCCCUUGUUUCUCUUCUUCUCGCCGAGGAAGACCACGCCCGCCGACUCCAGCCAAGACGAGGUGGAGCUCAACUACUCGCAGGUCAACUUCAAGCCAAAGUCGGAGCGCUCGGAGGACACUGAAUUAGGCUCCGCCCAAGGGAACAUCUGAUUGGACGACUGGAAGGACUCACCGAUGGGGGGGGGGGGGCGUAUAAAGACGGUUGACUUUCUUCAGGCGGGGCUGACUUCCAGGGACCCCCUGGGACACCAUGUCACUCAAAACUGCACCAGACUGUAUUGCAGUUUUUCAGAAAUGAAAGAAUAAAUGAUGGCUGUUUGGAAAUACUAGUGAUAUGUAGUACUGUGUAAUAUGAUCAUUAGGUAGCAGUCAUGAGGCUUGGUAUGUAAAUACUAGUGUCAUGCAGUACUUUGGUCGCCAGGGGGCAGUAAUGAGGCUAGGUAUGUAAAUACUAGUGGUAUGCAGUACUUUGGUCGCCAGGGGGCAGUAAUGAGGCUAGGUAUGUAAAUACUAGUGGUAUGUAGUACUGUGUACUGUGGUCGCCA